CCCACAUCCACCCGAGAAUCAUCAUGCAGCACCAGGAGCAUCACAUCAUGUUCAUGGACUUCUGUGAGGACGGACACUAUCUGCUGGAGGACGAUAGUCCCACAGAAAUGAUGAUGAUGAAGAAGGAACACAAGGACGCAGAGCUGGAUAAAAAGAUCGAGGCCUUACGGAAGAAAAAUGAAGCACUUAUGAAACGCUACCAGGAAGUGGAGGAGGAUAAAAAGCGGGCGGAGCAGGAAGGGAUGUCACUCCACAGCAGGAAGGGAAAGACUGAUGAUCUGACCAUCACCAUCAACAAAUCCUCAAACGAUCAGCGUGUGGUGACGAAGCGCCCGGGCUCCGGAGGACUGAGAGACGGAGAGCAGGAGAAGGAUCCGGGAUCGAGCGUCUUCUGCAUCGGGAGAGGAAAGAGACGGCAGCUGCUCGUCACAACACCCGGAAACAUCAAGGGGAAGAGGGUGUUCGGCGAAAGAAAGGACAGAAACCGGCCCGUGAGUCCAGCGAGGUUAAAGUCCUGUGCUGAGGAAGAGCUGGAGUCCAACAACACACGAGCAAAACCGCGACCUCCAUCUGCAAAGAGAGUCACGGAGGAUGACACUGGAAAACCGGAUCAAUGGAGUCGAUGUGAGGACUCGUAUGUUGUCCCGGUCACAGAGGCCGUCGCUGACCUGAACCUCGUCACGUCCAAAGAAGAGCAGCUGGAGUAUCUGCGGUGGAAGAAGGAGCGCGAGGAGAUCGACCGCGAGCGUGUGGCCCGACACAAAAACGCCAAAGGCCAGUGGAGGAGAGCCUGGGACAUGGAGAAAACCGAUUUGAUGUUCUCUGAAAAGGAACAUGGAGGAACAUCAAACAGAGGAGGUCGAAACACCAGAAGAGGAAAUAUGAGAGCAGAAGAAGGUCGACAGCAUGCAUCAGACAGGAAGGGGAAGUGUGUUCCAGUGGUGGGCAGUAAAGCGAAGGGUAAAGACCGUCUGACGGGUCGAGCGAGGAGGUGGGACGCUAAAGAGCAAGAGGAGCAUUUGCAGGUGUAUCCAGAGAGCAGUUUGCAGGAGUUUUUAGAGGAACUCGACGCUCUUUGCGCUCCUGAGGAGGAGAACGUCAAUCCAGAGACUGGCAUUGAAAACACAAAGCCACGUGCAUCUGAAGACUCAUCCAAAACAACCGGAGUCAAGACCCCCGACGGGACGGCAGAGCAGAACGGACGUGUUUCUACAGAAUCCGCUCUCAAAGCCACCGAGAAAAGGGUCCGAUUUUCUGAAAACCUCGACAAGAACGGUACAGAAACACCUUCACAGGUCGAGAACGGCCCUGUAGAAGAAGACAGACGAACACUGGUGCAAGACGACAGCGAAUGUAUCCCGGAGGAGCAGGAAAACCAUGUGGAGAAACUGAAUCCGCUCAGUGAAGGAAGUGCAAUUGAAGCCGGUGAGGCGUCGUAUCCCAAAGCCGGAGAUGUUCGUAUAUCGGCAGAACCGGACGAGAAGCAACCUGUCGAACACAGCAAGAGCUGCUCAAACAGAGGGAACGAAGAACUGAUGGACUCGAGUCUGUCUGUCCUGAAUCUGGAGCCGGGCGAAUCUCUUCCCGACCACAGCACCAGCGCUGAUAUGGCAAGAGAGAAUGGGAAAGUGGUUUAGAUGGGAAAUGAUGUCCCUCACAUCCGGAGCAAAGCGUCAUGCACUAAAACCAAAACAAACAGAAGAGCAAAAACUGACUGAUUCGGGCCCGUCUGAGGCAUUACUCUCGCGACUAUGAGCUUCUGUGUUUGGAGUAUUUUUGGGAGCAUUUGAGCGUCAUGUCGUUUAUUGGAUGCUGAACGUUGAAAACACUGGUUGUGAUUGUUCUGCUUAGUUUAUCUUCUCGUAGGUGAAAGAUUGUUAAUGCUUCGACGCACAGUUAACCUUCAUCUGAGCCACCAAACCCAAAGCUCUGAUGGUUUUUGAGGGAUCUUUGGUGGUUUGGUGGGAUUUCAGUCUAAAAGCACUACAAACGACUUGAAUGUGUAACUUCAUGAAGUUUAGUGGAACAAACCCAUAGACACGGUGUGCAUUUAGACUUAACCAGCACUCUAACUGACUAACCUAGUUCAUCAUAACUCAUAUAUGUCUGACAGAAGCCUCUCAGUUGCCAUAUAUUCUUCAUAAGCACAUGUCGUGGGGUUUAGUGUGGAUAGUUCACAAGGAUCGUUCAAGUAUGUUUAUUAGCACUUUAUUUUGUAUGAAUGAACUGAAAAGUAUUAAACAAUUUGCUAUUUGAUUCAAAAUGAAGGACUAUUAAGGUCUAAAUUAUUUAGUUUUACAAAAGACUGCAGAAUGUUUACGACAUGAACGUGUUUUGGCCGGUCGGUUUGAAGCAGGUUUAUUUUAACCUGCUAGUUUAGCACUCAGUAGCUUAUGGCGAUGAAUUAUGAGCAUACUGCUGUUCAUGUUCACCAAUCUUCGUUUCUGUAUUUCUGAGUUGGACGGCGUUACGGUUUGAAGAACACACUUUAAGGGUUUGUUGUUUUAAGUGACUAAGGGUUGAUUUUUAUAUUGUCACUUUAAGUAUUUUGUGUUCAUUUGGUUUUGAAAUGAAUGUUAAAUAUAAAUAAUAAACAUUAAAAGCUUUUACCAGC